GGUUCAUACAAAGUGUAAACUACAAUGGCAAGCGUUGCAACAUCCUUAGCUAUGGUUCUCAUUGUAGUUGUCGCCAUGUCCUAUGGCCUCCUCACCACCCACGCCGGCGGCAUCAACUUCAUCGCUCGCACAUGCAAGAAGACCAAUAACUUUGCAUUGUGCAUGGCCGUGCUAAGGGCCAACCCAAAGAGCGCCCAAGCAUCCACCGAGCAUGACCUCGCCAGCAUUGCUCUGCAAAUCGCCACCAACACCACCCGAAAGAAUGCCGCGGCCAUCUGUGACCUAGAUUACAAACACCAGGGCACACCCGAGGCACCAGUGUGGCAUGUAUGUGUCAAGGCACAUGUCCUUGCUGCAGCCGACCUCAUCACCGGUGCCGGCCCCAGCUUCCACGUUGGGGACUACGCUGAUGUGUUGAAGAUUGUGUCUGAGGCGAAGGGCGCAGGAGAUACAUGCGAGAACGCAUUCAAGGCGAUCCACAAAACGUCUCCCGUGACCGACAUGGACCGUCAGACGACGGAGCAUUGCGGCCUCGCCGGCGACCUCAUCCGCCCGCUCCUCACCAAAUGAUCUAUAAUAGAUCAUUUCUCGGCUUGUCUAUUCCUCUCAGUAAUAGAUAUAUUUUUCUUGUCGAGAAAAAAACAGAGAAUAAUGUAAAGUGUUCCUAAAAUAUGUUU